CAAAACAAGUCAUAGAACAGUUAGUGAUUAAGAUGCGCUAAGCUAGUUUUCAUUUUUGGUAGCACGGUGACCCAUUGCUCGCAGAUCCGCCUCACAGUUCUGAGGACCCCGGGUUCAAAUCUGGCCUCACCUGUGUGACGUUUGCCGGUUCUCCCCGUGUCUUCGUGGUUUUUCUCCGGUUUCCUCCGACAUCCCAAAAACAUGCAGUGAAGGUUAAUUGCAGACUGUAAAUUGGCCAUGGGUGUCGAUGUAAGUGCGAAUGGUUGUUUGUUUAUGUACGCCUUGCAUCUGGCGACCAGUUCAGUGUGUACCCCACUCUCGCCCUGACACAUCUGGGAUAGGCCCCGGCAUCCCCGCGAUACUCGCCCAGCGAAAUGAGAGGGAGUCUAUCAGGCAGAAACUCGCCUUGGGUAGUUUCUAUGACGACGAGCCAGUCAUCUUCACCAGCUGCAGCAAGAACGACGCUUCCUCUCGGUUCCACGGAGGAGUCAACCUGCAGGUGUGUUUUGUCAACGACAGCAGCAGCGACAAAGACAGCGAUGCCGAGGACAGCAGGACGGAAACCAGUCUGGAUACACCCUUGUCACCUGUGAGCAAGCAGAGCUCAUCGUUGUCAGAUCGCGACACAGCGGAGGAGGACUCGGACCCGCUGGACGACUGCGGCGGCUUCUGGCGGGUGCAGCGGAGGCUCCAGGAGGAGGCUCGGGUGGCCCUGGCUCUGGCCAGGCCCAUGGCCCGUAUGCAGGUGGAGGUGGAGAGGCAGAUCCAGCAGCACAGACGCUCGCCGGUGGCGGAUCUGCUUCCCCAUCUGCCUCACAUCAGCGAGGGCUUGAUGAAGAGGAAUCUGAGGCGAGGCGACAUGAGGGAGAUGAGUCUUGGCCAGCUCCAAGUCAUCACCAACGACUUGCACUCGCAAAUCCAGAGUCUGAAUGAGGAGCUGGUGCAGCUGCUGCUGCUGAGGGACGAGCAGCACGUGGAGCAGGACGCCAUGCUGGUGGACAUCGAGGACCUCACCAGGCACGCUCACAGCCAUCAGCGACACCAGGCUGACAAAGCCAACGCUAAAUAAAUUCCCGUGUGUCCAUCUGCACGCCACCCGACCCAGUACCCGCUCCAUGGACCGUCACUUGUCUCGCCACCGAAGCGCCAUCUGUGCUGGGAAAUGAAGACGCCGCGUUGUGUUUAUACAUGUACAUAAAGUAUCGCACCACUGGGCCCAGUUGACGGGCGUUUCGCUUUCCACUCCGCUGGAUGAAAUAUGGCGUAGUCCGUAGAAUAAAGGGGAAUGUUCUUGAUGUCGUUCCAUCACCAAAUGAACUUUGUCACCUAAUAGGGUUUUGCAAGGUACAUUUUUAGAGGGAUAGAGGGAGCACUUGCACACUUUGUCGUUUACUUUCAUUCACCAUUCAAAACUGGAGUUCAGUGUUGUAAUAGAAAUUUAGUCACGAGUGCUGAUUUUCAAGCAUCGCUUCGAUCCCGCACCGCCACACUAAGAAUCCCGAAGACACGCAACUGGAUGUAAAUCAACUGCUGCUAUAGUGCACACUUUCAUUGUACUUUUUGAGUGUUGUCUUUGCACAUUUACUUUGCAUACAUCCGUACAACACAGAGAAUAUGAAAGGUAUUGUGGAGGAGUAUAAAAAGCAUUAUGGACUGCCUCAAAAAAAAAAAAAAAGCUUCUCUGUGAAGUUCAAUUAACUCAGAAGGGAAAACUGACCAAUGAAGUCCAAGACUAAACAUAUAUAUUUUAUGUGAUAAUGGUUUGUGACAGAAAGGAUGUCGAUUAAAAAAAAAAAAAUCAACUUUGUUUUUCUCUUGUA